AUGAGCGAUUCCAUGACGCACCUGCACGCGGCGACGGGCGCGCCUUGGUUCGUCGCGCUCGCGGCGAGCGCGGCGUUGGUUCGAGCGGCGACGGCGCCUAUAUCCGCGCGAACGAUCAAGGCGAGCGCGACGGUGAGCGCGGCGAGCGCGCUGGCGAAAUCUAGAAAACGAGGAAACUCCGAACACGUGGGGGUGCGAGAUGUUCUGGAUGCGAUCGGAGAGUUGCGAGGGAAAGCUCCGGGGACGGGCGCGCACCCGGCGUGGCUCGUCGCGGGGCCGCUGGCGCAAAUUCCAUUCUUCCUGUGCGCGGUGAUGGCUGUGCGUCGAUUGGCGGCGGAUGGGGCGAACAAUGGGCUCGUCACCGGUGGCGCGCUGUGGUUUCAAGAUUUGACCGUCCCCGCGGUGGAUGUGGCGAUGAUGACGGCGCCGAUGGGGCCGUACGGAGGUAUUUUGCCCGUGCUCACGGCGGCGGCGCUCUUCGCGAACGUGAAUGCGAAUUUCGCGUCCGCGGCGGCGCAAUCUCGGGGUAUGACGAUUGUCAAGUUGGUGUUAGAGUGGAUGACGCUGCCGAUGUUGGUGAUCGGGAUGCAGCUACCGCAGGCGGUGCACUGUUACUGGCUCACGUCGAGCGCGUGGGCGCUGGCGCAAAACCGAGCGCUGUCCACGACGUUCGCUCGAGAAGCGCUCGGGAUAAAUGCGCUCGCCAAGGUGACGCGUGAAAUUGCCGCGAGCCAAGGUCUAGGUGGCGAGGACGUGGCGAUGUCGCCGGAAGUUUUAGAGUUAGUAAAGGCUGCGGCGAAGGAGCGCGCCGGGAACAACAACGCGCAGGCGGUGAACUUGUUGCUGCGCGCCGCUCGCGGUGGUGGCGACGUCGCGGCGGCGCUUCGAGGCGAAGAUUUGGGUAAAUCACAUCCAACGGUACUAUUCGCGCUCGGUCAAACGUACGCCGUGCUUAAAGAAUGGAAAAAGUCGGCGCUGACGUAUGAAUAUUCGGCGCGGGCCGAACCGGAUCCUUUACGGCGUUCGCGCGCGCUUAUGGGCGCCGGCGUCGCGCGCGCGCGUCUAGGUGAUCUUGGCAUGGCCAGCGAGGCGUUAUACGAAGCUAAUCGUUUGAAUCCAACCGAUGCUAGCGUUAAAGUGGCGUUGGCGAGCGCCUUGAAGCUAAAUGGUGAUCCAGAACGCGCUUUGGAAAUUUUGCGCGAGGCGGCCGAGUUGCAACCGGACAUCGACGAGCGCUACGUCAAGCCACUUGAACGCGAGCUCGCGAGCAGAACGAGCGCGUGA